AUGGCGCCGCCAGCAGCAGCGGCAGCAGAAGGGCAAGUCCAACGCGGACAACAGCAAGGAGGAGGAGGGUUUGGUCAGAGCAUCACUGGAAUCAUAAGGAUUGCUGUGUUUUGGUACUUCGCUUCCAAAUUCUUUUCUCCCAAAAAGCCUUCUGACCCCACUCAACUCAGCACCAAUCUCUUCCAAAAGGCUGAACCCCUGGAUAUGUGGUUGUAUCUUUCUGAAUGUGAAAAGUUCAAUGAAUUCGGCAGUGAACGUGAACUUGUUUGGCAUGAAACUAAUAUUCCAUAUGCUCUCUGGGGGCCAGAGAGUACCAGAUCUCUUUCUAUGAAGUACUAUCCAUCUGAGGCAUUAAAGCACAAUGGAAGUCUCUAUGCUCAUGUUUUCUUUGCACGCUCUGGUUACCCUCCAGACCCAAGUGAUCCAGAGUAUCAGCCUCUUGCUGUAUUUGGAAAGACACACUCUAUUGUGACACACCUGCCAAAGCCGAAAGCUGAUAAAAAAAGGAGUUUGCUGGGGGACUCGAAAGACUCUGAUGAGAAGGAACCAUUAAUUGAGGUAGUUGAUGAUACUCAAGGUGAUUCUGAAGAUAUUGGUCCUGUGGAGUGGGUUUCGUAUUGGAAACCAAAUAUUACUAUUAAUCUGGUUGAUGAUUUUACGGGGUACCCUCAUAAUGCUGUUCCACCUAAUGUUGCCCCUUACUUGAAUCUUGAGCCCAGUACUGGGAACUACUUUCCAACUAUUUUCUUCAAUGAAUUUUGGUUACUUCGAGAUAAGAUGAUAGCAAUUAAUGAGACAGUGAAAGAAUUGGCUCUUAACCUGGAGGUAGGUCCCAUAAGCAUGACCAAGUGGCAACUAUUCCUGCAGAUUGAUCAGUCUUUCCAAAUUCACCGUAGUUAUGGAAGCAUGCUUGAGGGUGAGGCUGAUGAACUGAAGAGAGUGUUCUUGGAAGGAAAUCCUUACCUCCUUGGAAUCACAAUGGUUGUUUCUUUACUUCAUUCAGUGUUUGACUUCUUGGCAUUCAAGAAUGAUAUUCAAUUUUGGAACAAAAAUAAGUCUAUGGAAGGACUUUCUGCAAAGUCUGUUAUUGUGAGCUUCAUAUGUCAGUUCAUUGUCUUCCUGUAUCUCCUUGACAAUGAUACUUCGUGGAUGAUACUUAUAAGUUCUGGAAUUGGCUGCUGCAUUGAGUUUUGGAAAAUUGGGAAGGCUAUGCACAUUGAGAUUGAUAGAACAGGGAGGAUACCAAUGUUGAGGUUCCGAGACCGUGAGUCAUAUGCAGGAAAUAAGACAAAAGAAUUUGAUGAUAUGGCGAUGAAGUAUUUGUCAUAUGUGCUCUUCUUCCUUGUUGCAUGCUCCUCUGUUUACUCACUUAAGUACGAGCGUCACAAGAGCUGGUAUUCUUGGAUUCUCUCUUCACUCACAAGCUGUGUUUACAUGUUUGGUUUUAUUAUGAUGUGCCCUCAAUUGUUCAUUAACUAUAAGCUGAAGUCAGUGGCUCAUCUACCCUGGAGGCAGAUGACUUACAAGUUCCUCAACACCAUCAUCGAUGAUCUAUUUGCCUUUGUCAUAAAAAUGCCAAUACUACAUCGCCUUUCUGUCUUCCGUGAUGAUGUCAUAUUUCUGAUAUACGUAUACCAGAAAUGGAUCUAUCCCGUGGACAAGAAACGUGUAAAUGAAUUUGGUUUCAGUGGUGACGAUGAGGUCACAGAUGGUGCAGUUGACACUGCUGUUAAGGAAGAAGAGAAGAAAACCAAUUAA